UAUGGUAUUUUGCUAGCUGUGAGAUGUUUUUUUUUUUUUUCUUUACUUAAAUGGGUGGAGAGUGACUGAUUUUCACCAAAAUUAAAAACUGUGUGAUGGGUCAGAUUUCAAGUCAGUCUUUGUUGAAGACCACAUGCAGAAGAAAAACCCAAGUGAAUUUCACACCCUCUCAAACUGACAAUGAACUUCAUAUUGCUGCUCAUAAAUAUUCUUCUACAGCACCUGGAACCCAAAGCCAGUGUGACAACAGUGGGAGUUCAGUCUCAAAUCAGCCUGUAAGCCUUCUGUGUGAAGUGAAUGGGACAAACUCCAGCACCUAUGGUGAAAAUAAUCCGGUGAAUUCCCAAGAAUCUAAGGCCAAAGAUAAGAAACAAUCUAUCAAAGCAAACUUAGAUGAGCUGUAUGCCAAAGGUGUACUCCUUGGCUUUGGCGGUUUUGGGUUCAUCUACGAAGGGUUAGUCUACGAAGGGCUCCGAAAGGCAGAUGGAUUCCCGGUGGCCAUCAAAUAUGUUUCAAAAUCGCACGCAAAAGAGAUGAUGGAUGCUGAGGGCCCAGUUCCCCUAGAGGUGGCUAUGAUGAAGCAGAUGAACCGUACGCCAGCCAACCCUCACAUCGUGCAGCUUAUUGAGUGGUUCAGCUUGCCCACGGAGUAUGCCAUGGUACUGGAAAGACCCCACCCCUGCCAAAACUUGAUGAAGUUCUGUGAAUCCCAGGGGGGUACACUGAUGGAGGACCAGGCACGCAGGGUGAUGCUGCAGAUUAUUGAAGCAUUGAAGACCUGUCAAGACCGGGGCUUCCCACACAGGGAUUUCAAACCCAGCAACGUGCUGAUCCAGACGGACACCCUGCGGGUCAAAUUAAUAGACUUUGGAUCUGGUGCAUUUCUGAAGGACACUCCAUAUGAAAACUUUGCAGGAGCAACAUUAUACAGCCCACCUGAGUGGUUUCUGCAAAAGAAAUAUCUGGCAGUCCCAGCCACAGUUUGGUCAGUUGGAGUGACAUUCUUCCGUCUUGUGUGCGGCUCUGUGCCCUUCUACACCGAAGCAGCAGUUAUUGAAGUUGACCUGUACUUCCCAAAUGGAGUCUCCACCGAUUUUUGCCAUCUAGUUAGUUGGUGCCUCUCCCAAAAUCCAGAAGAUCGACCAACAUUACAGCAGAUCAUGCUCCAUCCUUGGUUUCAGUAGGGAUGUACAAGGGUGGGUUUCCCACAGCUCUCCAGGUUUGGGGCAAGUUAGUCUCAGUUUUUUUCAUGAUCUUACACUUUUGAUAACUAUUAAUGAAGGGGUGGUGAUGUUGAAACCUGAUAGAGUACAGCUCCCUUACAGUGGGGAUUUGUUAAUUAUGUGUAUCUCUCUGGUCCAACUAUGUUCAUUCAGUAUGGAUCAACCUGGUGUCAUAUGUACCAAUAUCCACUGUCUGGAUGGUGGAAGCCCCUCACUUUUACAACAACACUGAUUUUAACUGUAGCUGGAUAAAUCAAACUCUGAUCUUUGGUUUACCCUCUUAUGGGAGAAAAAAAAAAACUUUUUAACUGC